AUGGAUCUACAAACAAGAAUUGAUUUAGUUCAGUGUUAUUAUGAAUGCGGCAGAAAUUACACCACUGGAUUACGAAGAUUUCGCGCAAUAAUGGGUUUGAGAGCGGAGCCCUGUCAAAUGAAAGCGUACCGCUAUUUAAUACAAAAAUUUGAAAGAGCAGGUUCGGUAAUUGACCUUCCGAGAUCAGGAAGACCAGGGAUUAGUGAUGCUCAAGUUGUAGAGGUUCUUCAUAAAAAUCAGGACAUAGCCCGAGGUAAAUUCACUAGCAAUCAGCAGUGCAAAUGUGAUAUCCAAGCGAGUGCAAAUGCCGUAAACCAUGGUUCGGAAAAUGUUACGCAAAUUUCUAAAAAUGUAUCCAUUUAA